AUGUCCAGUCCAAGUCUCCUAGGAGCAGAAUGCUACGAACUACCUCCCCACUCCUCCCACUCAGAUACUCCAUUCAUGGACGCGGAAAAGAACCACAAACAAUUACGGCUCGGCUUCGGCCAUCGACUACGGCAUUUCACAUGGGCAUGGUAUACAUUGACCAUGAGUACGGGCGGAUUGGCUCUUUUGAUAGCCAGCCAACCUAAUCGGUUCAAAGGCCUAGAUGAGAUGGGUCUCGCAAUCUAUAUAUUGAACUUGGUCAUGUUUGCUCUUGUCUGUUCAUUGAUGGCAGCAAGAUUUAUUAUUCAUGGUGGAUUAGUCCAGUCACUCAAGCAUGACCGCGAAGGACUCUUCUUCCCAACAUUUUGGCUUUCAAUCGCAACCAUGAUUACCGGUCUGGAACGAUACUUCGGCGAUAACCCUGCAAAGUCUUUCUCAACUACCCUCGAGGUUUUAUUCUGGCUAUAUUGCGUUUGUACCUUUGCCGUUUCCGUCCUCCAAUAUUCCUACCUCUUUACCUCGGUCGAAUACCGCCUGCAAACCAUGAUGCCUUCUUGGAUCUUGCCAGCCUUUCCCGUUAUGCUCAGUGGUACAAUCGCCUCCGUCAUCGCUGAGAGACAACCUGACCGGUCAGCCAUCCCUAUCGUCACAGCUGGAAUGACCUUCCAAGGUCUGGGAUUCUGCAUUAGCUUUAUGAUGUACUCACACUAUAUUGGCCGGCUGAUGGAGUCUGGCCUCCCCAACCGUGAGCAUAGACCCGGUAUGUUCAUUUGUGUCGGCCCGCCGGCAUUCACAGCAUUGGCGCUUAUUGGCAUGGCCCGUGGCCUACCGGAGACCUUCAAGGUGAUGGGCAGUGAGGACACAGCGGCUGAUGGCCGAAUGAUCGAGAUCUUGGCCCUGGCAGCAGGCGCCUUCUUGUGGGCCCUCAGCCUAUGGUUCUUCUGUAUUGCAUUAAUUGCGGUCAUUCGGUCGCCACCUACAAGCUUCCAUCUGAGCUGGUGGGCAAUGGUCUUCCCAAAUACUGGAUUCACUAUUGCCACUAUUACCCUUGGCAACUCGUUUGAGAAUGCGGGUAUCAAAGGAUUUGGCUCAGCGUUAUCUGUGUGCAUAGUUUGCAUGUGGCUGUUCGUCUUGGUCAACCUUAUUCUCGCUAUUAUUAGACAAGAUAUCAUGUAUCCUGGCAAGGAUGAAGAUAUCUCGGAAUAG